AUGCCCGUCUAUUCAGUUGCUCCCGAUUUGCGGGCCUUCCGCGACGACAAACCAACGCUGCUGGUCUGUUGGUGGGCAACGUCGUUUUGCACGCUAAUGAUAUUGCUGCGCGUCCUCGGUCGGUUUAUAAGAACGGAACGGCUGUUCAUCGAGGAUAAGAUUGCAGCACUGGCCUUGAUCCCGCUCAUUUUGCGAAUGGUUUGCGUGCAUUUCGUCCUGAUUUACGGUACAAAUAAUGCCAACUUCGCCGACGUCAACCUCACCACUCCACAGUUACAUCAGAAGAGCGUGGCGAGCGGACUAGUUUUGCUUAGCAGGUUCUUUUAUGCUGCAACGCUGUGGAUUCUGAAGUGCUGUAUUCUCGAGUUCCUCAAACGCAUCACAGACCUCACCUGGGAAAGAUCCCACCACACAGCGCUCAUCGCGAUUCGUUGGACCUUGUUGAUCACGUUUAUCGGCGUCGUUGUCAGCGAUUUGACUGAAUGUCGGCCGUUCAACCAUUAUUGGCAGGUCCUGCCAGAUCCUGGUGGUCAAUGCCGCCAAGGAUACGUGCAGCUGAUCACCAUGGCCACUUGCAACAUCUUCACCGACCUUUUACUCGUCGUAUUCCCCAUACCCAUUAUUUUGCAAAGCAAAAUGCUCGUUCGAAGAAAAGUACAGCUUGUUCUGUUGUUUUCGCUGAGUUUGUCUGUCAAUGUCGUCACCAUUUACCGAUUGCCUCGCAUCAUACAAGCGCAUGGUCGGCAGCAGUACCGCUCUCUUUUGGCCUCGGUCGAGCUGUUGUUUGCGGCCGCAGCCGCCAAUGCUGUGGUCCUCGGCUCAUUCGUUCGUGACCGCGGUGUCAAGAAGCACAAGUUCCACCGCAAUUCCUGCGCCGAUUCUUUUGAUCGGUCGUCCAACCCUCGCAGACCGACUCUACACCGACAAUGGGGUAGCGACGAGGAUCUUGUGAGGGAUGUCGGACUGGGUGUCGAUGCGCAACUGCGAGAGCAACUGGAUAGCCCCGACACCGAACAUUUCGCCCAUGCAACAGAGGCGGCGCAGAAGCUCGACCAUGACGUGAACUGGCAAGUCUCGAAGCGCCGGAGCCAUGCGGAGCAAAGCGACGACUCGCUGAUGCCACACGACCCAUCAGCCAAGGUGGACUCCAGCAGGAAGGGCACAUCUUUCUUCGACGUCGGCGGCUUGCUCGAAGACUCGGUGGCGGGCAGCAGCGGGGGAAGUUGUAGACCGGGAAGCUACACGUCCUCUACGCUGGAUGCCGUUUCAGCCAGCACGGCUCCUCCGCCUUCAGUACCAGCCUCCAACUACGGCGCGCGACGAGGCUCGACAGCUUUGUUGCAGGAUUUGGGCGGGUUGCUAGGACCACGUAAUACCAAGACGGCCCGGGCGAAGUCCAAACCCGGGACCGAGCUGCAGCCCAUACCACAAUCGCGCGAGAUGCAAUCGCACAAUCGCCAGAGAGGGCCGUCGCCAGAACUCAUGGACCUGGGCGGUCUGUUGAGCUGA